CGUAUAUAUGAACAUGUUUAUCGUCACUUCUCUACGUUCCCGCGGAGUGAUACGACUCCCCGAGAGUCACUGACUUUGGAGAAAAGCCAAUUUGAGUCAGGAUAUUCCAUAACUCCGGUUUCCAAUAAAUUUUCGUGUAAAGAGUCGAAAUAAACUUUAGGGAAUUAUGACUACGAUACGGUUGUUAUUGGAGGAGGGUCUGGUGGGCUCGCCUGUUCGAAGGAAGCGGCACAGCUUGGACAAAAAGUUGCUGUUCUGGAUCACGUGGAGCCCUCUUUGAGAGGCACUAAGUGGGGUUUAGGUGGUACGUGUGUUAAUGUUGGCUGCAUACCAAAGAAACUCAUGCACCAGGCGGCUCUCCUUGGAACUGCAGUGAAAGAUGCUAAAAAGUAUGGAUGGCAGCUGCCAGGGCCAAUUUCCCAUGAUUGGCUCACCAUGGCUGAGGCUGUUCAAAACCAUGUCAGGUCUUUGAACUGGGGUCACCGGGUCCAGCUUCAGGACAAGAAGGUGAAAUAUCUUAACAUGAGAGGAAGCGUUGCAGAUGAACACACAGUCAAAGCACUAUCAAAAACAGGGAAAACAAUGACACUGACUGCCAAGAACAUUGUGAUUGCUACAGGUGGCCGACCCAAAAUCCCCACAGAUAUUCCAGGUGCGAUGGAACAUGGUAUCACCAGUGAUGACAUUUUCUGGCUGAAAGAAUCGCCUGGAAAAACACUCGUGGUUGGAGCGAGCUAUGUAGCGCUUGAGUGUGCAGGUUUCCUUACAGGCAUCGGUUUGGACACAACCGUGAUGGUUCGCAGCAUUGCACUCCGGGGAUUUGAUCAGCAAAUAGCAGGAUUGGUGACUGACUACAUGGAGUCUUAUGGAACCAAGUUUGCAUUUAGGUGUGUCCCCAAGAGAGUAGACAAACUUCCAUCAGGGGCCCUGAAAGUGACCUGGAGUGAUGCUCUGACUGGCCAGGAACACAAUGACACCUACGACACUAUGUUAUGGGCGGUUGGUAGAGCUCCAGAAACCAAAGCUUUGGGUCUUGACAAUCUUGGCGUACAACUCAACAAGGAGACAGGGAAAAUAAUUGUGGGGGUGGAUGAAUCUACUUCUGUGCCAAACAUCUAUGCUUUGGGGGACAUAAGCCAGGGCCGGCCUGAAUUGACGCCUACAGCUGUUAAAUCGGGAAAACUCCUUGCCCGCAGACUUGCUGGACACAGCAAAGAGCUCAUGAACUAUGACAACGUGCCAACCACUGUGUUCACCCCACUUGAAUAUGGUUGUGUGGGCCUAUCAGAGGAGGAAGCUGAAGUCAGGCAUGGCAGAGACAACAUAGAGGUUUACCAUGCCUUUUACAAGCCUCUGGAAUUCACUGUGGCAGAGCGUGAUGCUAGUCAGUGUUACAUAAAGGUGAUAUGCCAGCGGGAUGGAGAUCAGAAAAUAUUGGGUCUGCAUUUCACUGGUCCAAAUGCAGGCGAAGUCACGCAGGGUUUUUCUAUGGGCCUCCAGUGUGGGGCAACAUAUUCACACCUUUUGGGAACAGUAGGAAUCCAUCCAACCUGUGCGGAGGAGAUAACCAAGAUUAACAUCACGAAACGUUCAGGAUUGGAUGCCACUGUCACCGGAUGCUGAGGUUAAAUCACCGGUCUCUGAAUACUGAGCACACAGGUUGGAAAAGGGUUAGCUGGGUCUGAAAUUGCAAUAACAAUCCUGGUUUAGCCUGCUCUUUCUUUUUAGUCCACUUCCUCUCAACAUAAAUUAUUUAAACAUAGUCCUAAAAACAAGUUAAUGAAAUCCUUGGUUGCAGGGAGUUUUGAAGGUAGGGUCUCAUAAAUCAGGAUUAGACUCUUGUUCUCAGGUUGUCUUUGAUAUUAUUCAAGAAAGAGCCCUGUUGUAUCAUUUCUCUGAAAUUAUAUUUGCCAAAUAUUGUUGUUUCUCAGGCUGUACUUCCUGUCCAUUAGUCUUUAAGGUGACACAUACCAUAACCCCCCUACGGUCCACCCUCCACGACACUGAUUGAUAGCCCCUGGGCUGUUGCUGCGGCGACACCGCCCCAUUUCCCAUGGAAGGACACAGUCUUUGAGCAGUUGGUCCGUCUUCCUGUGAAAUCUAGACCAGAGAAGCGUGCCUUUCAGGUGGUGUAGAUAUACCUCUCCUCAUACAAAUUCUCUGGCACAACAUAAAACAAUACAGCAGGAUGAUAAACAUCUCCAGUAUAAGCAUCCAGUCACUCUGCAAGAGAUGUAUUACUCAGUGUUACCCAAAGGUGGCACUAUUGCUUGUUAAUUUACAUCUUGGGUUCAAAAGAAGGCUUAAGUUGUCAUUAGAUAAGGCUCACCUCUAACACAUUUAAACCCCAAAAGUGAUUUGCUAUCUGUUGAAUUUGGAGAGUAAAAUUGAUUUAUUGGUGCCAAAACUGCUAAAUCAUUUUAUCUCUUGUGUAUUUACAUGGAUGGAAGGUUAACGCUCAAUAGUCAUCACCCUUCUAAAAUAAGCUAAAUUAUUUACUGUAUAUCAAUAACCAUAAUAGUGGAUAAAAACAUGUCCAAAUGUUUCACCUGCUGACUCAACUGUAAAUCCUCAAACAAUCUUAUUUGACAAGAGACUGGACUGAGUUGCUACAAAUAUUUGAGAACCAAGAUGGUCGGUGUGGUUUAUUUUCAAUCCACCUGGUCUGAUUAAUGAUUCCGAUGAGGGAAGUGACAGCGUGCCUGGCGAGGGAGAGUAGAAAAAAAAAAAGGGAGAGAGAGAGCAGGCUACCAGGUUUAUUUGGACCUGGUUCGGGAGAGUAUGAGCUGAGUUUUAGCUGAAUUGGGGUAGGUUCGGGGGCUGGUGGGGGGUUCCCUGUGUGCUCUGUUCAGGGCCGAAGUGCUGACUGAAGCAUCCUGACCUCCGCUCAGCAGGAACAGCUUGACUCUAUCACUCUGAGGACAGAGGAAUCCCAUGCUCCGAUGCUGCACGGCAUGAGCCGUGUGGGUUCUGGGCCAAGGGGGUAACGAUGACCGCAGGACCAAGCAAAGCAACAAGACACUGUGCACGUUAUUGAGUAGCUAUAUUCCUUUGCUUAACAAGGCACUUGAGAGAGACCCCAGGUUAGGACGAAGAGAACAGAAGGGAAGUCAUUCAGUCCAUCAAUGUAACUGUUUGUUUGCUUUUCACUGUCCACUUCCCUUUGGCUGUCAAUGCACUAUGUCAAUUUUCUGACAUGCACAUUAUGAAACGUACUUACCUGUAACUUAUAGGUAAUAUGCUUUGCAAUUUUAAAUUGGAUGAGUAGUGAAUGAUGUUUAUUUGUUUCUCUCAUCCUAAAAUAUGAGUAGCGAGCAGCCUUCUGAGCAGUGCGGGGAUCAGGAUUCACCUUUCAGGUGGCCAGCUAAUGAUGACUGGUACUAAAACCCAAAAGUGGGGAGUGCUAGGCUGAUGUCUACUGACUACCAACUUAAGUUUGAAAAGUUGUAAAAUGAGAAGUCUCAUUUUAAAUGAUUGCUUUGUAAUACAUAAUUUAUAUGGAAAGUAAUAACACUGGAUUGUGUAGUCUCCAUAUUAAAGUUGUGAUGUCACGCACAUAUUCAGUAUACAUUUCUUAUAAUUCAUUAAAGAAUUAUUAUAUUCCAUGAAUAAAUAAAAAUGGAUUUCAGCACCUCCUUGAUGAAUGUAAAGCACGUAGAAGGUAUUUUCUUUGUAUACUAUAACUUAUGUCUCAGAUGCAAAGGCGUAGGUUUGGGCUCUUCAUUGGUAGUGACGACAUAACAGCGUAACCUGCAUGUACACUUUUUGCUGGGGACGGGACAUUAAUAAGACCAAACAGAUCGGGUGAACCGGGGUCAGAGCUACAUUUCUCACGAAUAUGAACCUAAUUAAUUGAGAGGCUAAAUGAUC